AUGCCUCGUGAAGAAAGCCGUGUUUAUGUUGGAAAUCUACCUCCAGAUGUUCGCGAGAAAGACAUCGAGGAUAUCUUUUCAAAAUAUGGAAAAAUUCGUUUCAUUGACAUCAAGGGAGGUCGUGGGCCGCUCUACGCCUUCAUCGACUUUGAUGAUCCACGUGAUGCAGAUGAUGCCGUACGCGGUCGCGACGGAUAUGACUUUGAUGGAUGUCGCAUCCGUGUAGAAUUCACUCGUGGAGUCGGACCUCGUGGACCAGGAGGUCGUCCACUAAAUGGCGGUUAUGGAGGAGGAGGCAGAGAUUGGGGAGGUCCUCGCCGUGGUGCACCACCUUCGCGUCGUUCGAAUUACCGUGUCAUUGUCGAAGGACUUCCUGCGACAGGAUCGUGGCAGGACCUGAAGGAUCACAUGCGAGAAGCAGGGGAGGUGUGUUAUGCUGAUGUUGCUAGAGAUGGUACCGGUGUGGUGGAGUUUACAAGGCUUGAUGACAUGAAAUAUGCUGUGAGAAAACUCGAUGACACUAAGUUCCGCUCCCAUGAAGGAGAGACUGCGUAUAUACGUGUACGCGAAGACUCCACCAGCGGUAGCCGCAGUAAUGCUCGCUCCAGAAGCCGCUCUCGCAGUCCCCGUCGUUCAUCCCCUAAGUAUAGCCCUCGUCGCUCACCUUCACGCAGCCGAUCGGGUUCGCGAUCGCCAUCUCGUUCUCGCAGUCGAUCGCGUGAUUAA